AUGCCCAGGGAUCAAAGCCACCUUCUCAGUUCUUCCAGCGGUGUUAAUAGUGAUGUGUCUACAGCUCCGCAACCAACUACCAGAUUUGAGGAAUCAGUCCACCCAAUGAAAAUCACAGAAACCCAAAUGACUGGCGCACAAUCACAGGACACAGAGCGGAAAGCAAAUGUAUGUGCCGGUUGUGGAAUGGUGAUUUGGGAUCGAACCAUGCUGAGUGCAAUGGAACAGAAUUGGCACAAUCACUGCCUCAAAUGUCACUGUUGCGGCGGCCGAUUAGCUGAGAUGGGAACUUCACUUUUUCAUCGUGGAAACAUGCUACUCUGUCGUCAGGACUAUCUCAAGCUCUUCGGUGUGGCAGGAAUAUGUAGUGCCUGCCAGACAGCAAUUCCACCCGAUGAGAUGGUGAUGCGAUGUAACAGCAGUGUCUACCACCUGAAGUGCUUCACCUGUGCACAUUGUCACAGUCCAUUGUUGCCAGGAGAACGGUAUCUUUUGGUGAAUGGCAGUCCGUUCUGUGAACAUGAGUUUGGAAGGCUACUUCAAGGCACACCUCCACCACCUCCUCCUCCACCCACCCAACCGCCUCAAGUAUCGUCCUCUUCUGCAAAUAUACCACUGCCUGUCAUGACACCACCGAUUUUUGCUCAAGGUGGACUUGAAAGUCCCGUUUUUUGCGGGAAUCAGGAGACCCCCUCCCACUCGACCAGUGGUCGGGUGACACCAAGACAACGGAAGAGCAAAAAGCGCCGAUUAAAUGUGCUUGUCAAGCUGGCGAGGGCGACGACGAAGCCAGAGUCGGAGGAAGGGAGAGAGAGAGGUAUAAAAGUGUAG